AUGGUCAAAGAAGAACCUUCUGUUCCCGUUUCAUUAAUCCAAGAGAGAAUAAGUGGCCAAUUUGGGUAUUCAGUUUCAUACAAAAAAGCAUGGAAAGCAAAGCAAAAAGCAAUUGUGACAAUAUUUGGUGAUUGGGAUGAAUCUUAUGCAACAUUACCAAGAUGGUUAGAAUACAUGCAAUUACAUGCUCCAGGGUCAGUUUACAAAAUUGAGACCAAUGAUUAUGUGAGAGGUAAUGUAAUGGAUAAUAGAGUCAGAGUCUUUCAUCGAGUAUUUUGGUCGUUUAGGCAAUGUCGUGAAGCCUUCAAGUUUUGCAAGCCUAUAAUACAGGUAGACGGUACCUUUUUGUAUGGUAAGUAUAAGCAAACAUUGCUUAUUGCUACAACUCAAGAUGGCAAUAACAGUGUGCUUCCUAUAGCAUUUGCCAUUGUUGAAGGAGAAACAUUAUCAGCAUGGGAAUGGUUCUUAGCCAUGAUCCGUCUAAAUGUUACUGAUAAAACUGGAAUUUGUUUAAUAUCUGAUCGCCAUCAAAGUAUUAAAAGUGUUGUGUCUAAUCCACAUAUUGGGUGGCAACCUCCUAAUGCUUACCAUGUUUAUUGCAUUCGUCACAUUGCAAGCAAUUUCAAUAGAAGAUUCAAAAAUUCCGCAAUGAAGACGUAUACACCUUGCAAGCAAAGAUUUGAAGCUGGUCUUAAUAAAUUUCGUUCGCAUUCUCCUGAAGUUCAAACAUGGAUUGACAACAUAUCAAAGAAAAAGUGGAGCUUGGCUUAUGAUCAUGAAGGGCGGCGUUAUGAUCACAUGACGACUAAUUUGUCUGAGUCAGUGAAUAAAGUUUUAAAAGGGGCAAGAAAUCUUCCAAUUACUGCCCUUGUGAAAGCAACCUAUAGUAGAUUGGUCGAAUAUUUUGUCAAAUGGGGUGAAAGCGCAAUCAAUGACAUGAACAAUGGUAAAAGGUAUUGUCGUAAAUUAAUUGAAGCUAUAGAAAAAAAUCAACAAGAAGCAUCUUCACAUCAGGUUCGUCGUUACGACAUACAAAGUACAAGGUUCGAGAUUGAAGAGGCUUUUAAUCCAAUGACACAAAGGGGGGGUCAUAAGUGGAGUGUGAUAUUAUCUACACGUGAAUGUGAAUGUGGCAAAUUUCAGGCAUAUCGAUACCCUUGUUCACAUGUCAUAGCCGCUUGUGUUACUGUAAGUAUAGACUUUUGGCAGUAUGUUGAUCCUGUAUAUACUCUGCAGUAUGUUGUGAACGCAUACUCAUCUCAGUGGUGGCCGCUUGGAAAUGAAGCAAACAUUUUACAAAAUGAUGAAUGGAAGUUGUUGCCUGAUCAAGAUAGAGCACGAGGUAAAGGAAGACCAAAGGCUUGUAGAAUUAGAAAUGAAAUGGAUUGGGUUGAGUCACAACCGCGACAACGAUGUCGGUUAUGUCGACAACUAGGUCAUAAUCAACGUCAUUGUACUCAACAAAGCAAUGCUAACAUUAAUCAUGACUAG